AUGCUCUUCCGGAGCGAGAAUGCACUAUACGCGGCCAAGGACUACAACUCCCAGCGGCACUUGCGGUUUGUAUUAGAAAACUACUCUGAUGCUCCAAUGACCCCAAAACAGAUUCUGCAGGUCAUCGAAGCUGAAGGACUAAAGGAAAUGAGAAGUGGGACAUCCCCCUUGGCUUGCCUCAAUGCCAUGCUACAUUCCAAUUCUCGAGGUGGUGAGGGACUCUUUUAUAAACUUCCUGGACGAAUAAGCCUUUUCACACUUAAGAAGGAUGCCUUACAGUGGUCUAGAAAUCCAUCUGUGCCUGAAGGAGAAGAGCUGGAGGAUACAGCAGAUGUAGAAAGCUGUGGAUCCAAUGAAGCCAGCACUGUGAGUGGUGAUAAUGAUGUAUCUCUUGAUGAAACCUCUUCCAAUGCCUCCUGUUCUACAGAGUCUCAAGGUAGAACUAUCUCUACUCCCAGGGAGACUUACAGAGCUGCUUCACAGACAAGCAAACCGAAGAAGAAGACUGGGGUGAUGUUACCUCGAGUUGUCUUGACCCCUCUGAAAGUAAACGGCGCACACAUGGAAUCUGCAUCAGGAUUUUCUGGAAGACAUGCUGAUGGAGAGAGCAGCAGCACAUCUAGCAGCAGUAGUAGCUCCCUGGCCCUGUGCAGCACUGCCAUGCGUAAUCGGGUGGAAAUUACCCGGGACCCUCCUCAGAUUUUGCGAGGUAUCAGGAAACCAGCAACAGGGCAAAUGAAGCGCAACAGAGGAGAGGAGAUAGAUUUUGAGACACCCGGUUCUAUCCUUGUCAACACAAACCUUCGUGCCCUGAUAAAUUCUCGAACCUUCAAUGCCCUUCCUUCACAUUUCCAGCAACAACUCCUCUUCCUCCUGCCUGAGGUGGACAGACAGGUUGGGACAGAUGGCCUGAUGCGACUCAGUAGCAGUGCUCUGAAUAAUGAGUUUUUCACCCAUGCGGCUCAGAGUUGGCGGGAACGCUUGGCUGAUGGUGAAUUCACUCAUGAGAUGCAAGUCAGAAUACGACAAGAAAUGGAGAAAGAAAAGAAGGUAGAACAGUGGAAAGAAAAAUUCUUUGAAGAUUACUAUGGACAAAAGUUGGGUUUGACCAGAGAAGAGUCAUUGCAGCAGAAUUCUGGCCAAGAGGAAGCUGAGAUAAAGAGUGGCUUGUGUGUCACAGGGGAGGCAAUGCGACCACAACGUAGUCCUGCUACACGUCAACGUGAUGGCCACUUCAAGAAACGUUCUAGGCCAGACCUUCGAUGCAGAGCCAGGAGAAGUCUGUAUAAGAAACAUGAACCUGAACAAACAGAAACCACUAAGGAGACAACACCUAUGGUGCCAGAGUCUUCCCUUUAUAAAGAAGAAAAGGCUGAAACAGACUUGACAGAAGGAAGCAGCUCAUGUCUGCCUGGUGUGUCCUCCACAGAAUUAAAACCCGACACUCCAGAGACACCAAUUGUGACCAUGACUGCCAGGAUCCAAAACAGUCCAGAUGUGUUGGCCUUAGCCUCCACCUCUCUCAGCAGAAUUCCCAGCUUGCCCCAGGAGAACACCGACCAGGAGGCAAAGGACCAGAAACGGAAGUCCUUCGAGCAGGCAGCUGCUUCCUCCUUUCCCGAAAAGAAGCCCCGGCUUGAAGAUCGUCAGUCCUUUCGUAACACAAUUGAAAGUGUUCACCCCGAAAAGCCGCAGCCUACUAAAGAGGAGCCCAAAGUCCCGCCCAUCCGGAUUCAACUUUCACGUAUCAAACCGCCCUGGGUGGUUAAAGGUCAGCCCGCUUACCAGAUAUGCCCCCGGAUUGUCCCCAACACAGAGCACUCCAGCCGGGGCAGAACUGGUGCCAGAACCCUCGCAGACAUUAAGGCCCGCGCUCUGCAAGCCCGAGCCCAGAGAGAAGCCGCCACAGCCUCCAUUGGAGGUGGGGGUGGGCCAGGGGGAGGCGGUGGAGGGAACUGUGACGAAGGAGGCGGUAGAGGUGAGGCUAGUGACCAUUCCGAGCACAGGGGAGCCAAGAGGACUCACGGAAGGUGUACGCCAAAUCUACAACGAGCACAACUAUUGCCGCCUGGUCAUGUCAUAGAUGGGGAACAAGCUCUAUUAGAAGGAGAGACUCCUGAAGGAGACUGGCUGCUAGCUGAGAAAGGUGACUUGUCCUCUUCUCCCAUUGAGGAGGAAAGCUACAUGUUCCACAGGGUUCCUGACAUCCUCACCAGUGAGUCAGAAGAGGCUCUACUGCCUUUCACUGUUACUAAUGGCCAACCAGAUGAUGCUAUGAUCCAGCCAUCUUCUGACACCCUAGUGCAUGUUAGGUUGAGUGAGAAGCCCGAUUUGCCUCCUGACAUAAGGACUGAACAUGAAUCUUGUAUCAUUUCUCAGAAAGAGGAGAGUGAAGAACAGGGACAGAUGGCUCUGUUAGAGAAUGAUUCUGUUCAGUCUCAGGUAGGAAUUGUUGUCUUAGAAAAAGUAGCUGACCAGACUCUGAAUUUGGACUCUAAUUCCACUGUGAAGGACUGUGUAUGUUCAUUGGAACCCAGUCUAAUCCCUGAAUUGUUACUGGAUGAAAGGCAACAAGAUGGACCAUUGAAUGAAGUAGAACUUAAUGACUUAAGUCCACCCCCAGAGGAAAUCAGUGCCAGCGAAGAGAACUUGAAAGAUGAAGCUCUUGUUGCUGAUAUUGUAGCUCCCUGGUUAUCUGUCCCUUCAGAUGCCCAGACGGUACAACAGCAAGAAAUGGACUCUAGGGAAAGCACCCCAUCUACAGAACGCUUCAGUGGAAGUGAUGAGGAGAAGGUGGUUACUACUCAAACACUGGAUUUACUUGGUUGUCACCCUGCUACCCAAGACAGCAUUAAGCCCUCUGAUAACCUUCCUCAGCUUUGGGAACUCUCCCACCAAGGAGAUAUGGCUAGUGUCUGUAAACAAAUUGAAGGCGUUCAAAGACUUAAAAUGAAUGGGGACUGUGAUGUGCUGAGCACCCACAGUGAAUCAACAGACACAGCCUCUGACUUGGAAGCUGAGCUAACUGAAGACAGUGCAGAGACAGAUCCAGGCCUCCAACCCAGCACUGAGGAAACUGGAGGGAAAGGAUCUUCUUUUGUGAGUGAUGCAGAGAAGUGUGAUUGGAAUCAAUCGGACUCUUCUUUCAAAACUAAAGGAGAAGCAUACAAGGCUGACUUGCCUUCAGUAACUUCAGGGGACAAAGGAAUCGAGCUUCAGAGCUGGGUAUCUCAUGUUUCUGUCCCACUGAAGCCCACUGAGUCUUUGCCACAAGGCAGUUCUGAAAAGCAGCCAGGGUCUCUGUGCCUUGCCCGGCCUGUAUCAUCAGUUGAGGCCAACAAUCCCCUGGUAAUGCAGUUGUUGCAGGGCAACUUAACCCUGGAAAAGGUCCUGCCAGUAGCACCUAGUUCCACCAAACUGGAAGCCAUGCAACCAUUAUCUGAAAACAUAGAGCAGAGUAGCAAUGACUCCUUUGGAGAAUCCCCUCCUAAUCCUGAGACAAAUGGAAACAUUGCUGGAAGAAAUAGCUCCAGCUCCCCAAGGGCUUUAAGGGAUCUGCUUCCACAGGAGUGCCAUAAUCCUGGGGCAGUGCUUCCCAAGCCCAUGGGGAUCCAGGCUCCUCCUGACACUCCCCCAAAGAACUCCAAGGUAAUUUCAAAUUCAGGCUCCCCACAACCAUCGGCAAACUUGGUAGGAUCUUCUGGGAAACUGGAAGAAGUAGAGUCCAAAGAGAAACACACUUCCUGUGGUUUUGAAGAACAAAAAGAGUUGACUCUAACUCCAAGUCUGUCACAACACAAUAAUGUAGAUUUAUCCCUGGGUAGAAGUCCCGGAAAGCAAACUGCCCCGAGGAUACCUCGGUUCUUGUCUCCAAACGUGAUCUCUAUUGGGCCCAAUCAAGUCCAUGGGGCCCCAAUGGAUAAAAACUUUGUCGGUGGCCAAGGGAAGAAGCUCUUUGGUUCUGGAUUCCUUGGGAAUACAGCUGUGGCCCUGCAUCAUUCCAGGUCAGCGGAACCACUGCCUCCCAAUAUCCCUUCUGCGGAGCCAGAUUUUUCCAACCGGAAGCCAGGACUAAGCAAAGGCACAGUAUCUGGAGGAGUCCAGACAUCAAGAGCAGAAUGGUCUCCAAAGCAGCCCCCCAACUCUCUUAGUAGCAUCAAGAAUGAGAAUAUGCUGGCCUGUGGGGGUGGCCCACCCAAGAGUAAUGCAGAAAACAGGAAAGCCAUUGGCCACAGGCCUUUUGAACUGAUGGAGCAUUUUCAGGGGAUGCCCCUUGUCAUGGAUUUGCCAUUCUUCAAGCUCCCCAGAGAACCUGGAAAAGGGCUCAACCAGCCAUUAGAGCCUUCUUCCAUCCCCUCCCAGCUCAAUAUCAAACAGGCAUUUUAUGGGAAGCUUUCUAAGCUACAGUUGAAUUCCACCAGUUUUAAUUAUUCAUCUAGCACACCGGCCUUUCCCAGAAGCCUUGCUGGGAGUGUGAUGCAGCUUAGCCACAAAGCAAACUUUGCUUCAAACCACAGUGCAUCACUUUCUGUGCAAAUGUUCACUGAUAGCAGCAGCAUGGAAGAAAUCUCACUCAAAUGCUCCUGUAGCCUUAAAGCUAUGAUUAUGUGUAAAGGAUGCGGGGCAUUUUGUCACGAUGACUGUAUAGGACCCUCAAAGCUUUGUGUAUUGUGCCUUGUGGUGAGAUAAUAAAUUAUGGCCAUGGAAAAAAAUUGUAUAUUUAGUGUGUGUAUUUUGAUAAUGAUCUGAAAUCUGUACACAGGAAAAUAUUAUUUGUUACAAUAGAGACAAUAUUAUACUGAGCAGGAACCACUCCUGCCUUCCCCUCAAAUCCACAGUGCUCAAGCCUUCUGAUCACCGAACUUCUUGAAUCUUCUGCAGAGGAUCUUCCCUUACUGGAGGGGUUUUUCUAGCUUGAUGCCAUUAUGGAGACUUUGUUACACCUCCCAAAUCUAACCCGUGACUCUUGAGAGGGAGCCUGCCCUCCAGUGGACCCUGUGUAGAAGCUGUUUGAUCUUCAGCAGAACUGGUAAGAGACAACAGGAGGCUGAGCCCUCUAUGAGGGACUAAGUUAGGUUAGGACCUGCUUUGCUUAAAAGGAACAAUUUCAGUCUUCCACUUGAUUCUUGCCACCUGUUUUUCUGCUACUUUGCAACAAGUCAGCAUUUUCCUCCCCUACUAACAGCCCUCCUGCCCCUCCCCCACCCUCCCAAGCAGAGGGAGGAUUUGUGAGCUCCUCAGAGCCCAGAGAGAUUACAGUAACCCUCAGCGUUGCCAAGCAGGGCCAUCGACCUAGACCUUUAGGUGAUUACUUGUAGAUGGAGCCAUUUUUGACCCUGGGGGAUUUCAGCAUUGAGUGGUAGUAAGUCCUGCCUUCUACUCCUGAGAAGCAAAUUUGGAAGUUUUCCUGCCUUGACAUCUAUCUCUCAGUGGAUUGAAGGAAUUCUAGACCUGCCUGAACUAUGGGCUCUGAAUGGGGAGGGAACAGGCCACUUUUCCUGUCUGAGGCGGCGGCGGCUGCUGCUGUCUCAAGACUCUGUAACUCGGGAGUUCAGCAGAGGACUUCCUGCCUCAGAGACCUUCUUCAGGCCAUUUUGGACUUGCUGUGAGAGCGCACCUGUGUAUGUGAAAAUCAUUUUACAUUUCAAAGCAGUGUGUGUUUCUUAUUUUUAUAUUUUUAACUCUUUAUUCUUGGAUGUAUAAAGUGAAAUAUUUGACUCUUGUAAGUAUACUCUAUGCAUCUCUAAUGUUUUAUCAUGUAUUUAUAUGUUGUACACAGUACUGGCCAAUUCUGUAAAUGGAUGUAUUGUACAUAGAACAUAAAGGUCUGUUCCCUUAUUUUCAGUCCUCAGCAGUAUUGCAUUCAAAUGGUGUUAGUUACUAAUUUACAUCUGUAGUCAGAGCCACUGUAUUCUGGCCCACCCAGUGUGAGGGUGGGCUCAAGGAGGCGUUUCCUGGCAGAUCCGCCCACCUGCCCGGCUCUCUCUCUCUCUCACACAGGUAACUGUGGGCAGACUGACUGCAGGUGCAAUUUCAAGGUCAGCCUACCCACACCUUGCUGAAAGAAUACUUCUUGCUCCUUUGCGCCUUCUUUUUAAAAGUAGGAAUGCUGCAGCCGUGGCUUUCUGUUGCCACAUGUGGCAGAUUUCCAGGAACAUCUCUAAUGAGGCGCCCUUUGUCAUGGACAGUAUUAAUUGCUGUGGGGCUCCCUCACACGUUUCCCAGGCAGCAAGGAGUGUCCUCACAGGUUUGAAUUCAGUGUGAUGAAUUGUAAGGGGGCCUAGUAAGCCUGAUCAGCUUUAGGAAUGUGGCUGUGUGGAUUGGUCUGACCUGACUUAGGAUAGUGGAUUUGGGAAGAGAAAAAGUUGCUCUGAUGGUUUUCCUCCCCAGCCAGUUCUUUAGUGAGUAGGCUUACCUGUUUGUUUUACUUCAUGCUCUUACCCACCUCCCAGUUUUUGUAUCCUUUCUUGUUAUAUACUUGAAUAUCCUGUUAAAUUUCAGUUUCCCCAUGUGAGUGCUUCUAUAAGAAGUAUAAAAUUUGAAUGCCAACAGCUCAUUUCAUUGAGUUGAGUCAGGGUCAUUUACCUGCCGCCCCCCCCCCCCCCCAUUCUGUCCCCACCCCCUUCAAUCCGUUGUGGCAACUUUGUGAUAUGAAGUAUGAGAGAGAAGAAAGUGGUGAUUUGGAAUGCGGGAUUGGCAAGUCCAAGUUGACAAUUUCAAAAGCCUGUUUACCAAAGAUAGGGAGCAGAGAGCCCAGGCAGUUUGGAGCCUCCUCUUCUCCCUUCUUCCCUGUGUCCUUUGGGGCCACUAUAUAGUGUACAGUUUGAAACUGGUCUGGUCUGCAGAGCUGCCCAGAGAAAGCACUGCUCUUGUAUGUCCCUUGUGGUAUUGGAAAAAAUAAACUUUCUGUAAAAUCUG